AUCAUUGACAAGGAGAUUAAUCCCUUUGUGGACAAGUGGGAAGAAGAAGGACAGUUCCCAGCACAUAAAGUAUUUAAAACCCUGGGACAGGCUGGAUUCCUUGGUGUGGAUAAGCCAACAGAAUAUGGUGGCAUGGGCUUGGACUUCUCCUAUAACAUUGCAGUGGCAGAAGAGCUGGGAAGUAUCCGCUGUGGAGGUAUUCCCAUGGCUAUUGGAGUGCAAGCUGGCAUGGCUACUCCUGCUCUUACAAGGUUUGGUUCUGAUGAGUUGAAAAAACAGUUCCUUGCACCAACUAUAGCUGGAGAUUUUGUGGCUUGCUUGGGAAUCAGUGAAGCUGGAGCUGGGUCAGAUGUCGCAAAUAUCAAGACGACAGCUGUGAGAAAAGGUGAUGAAUAUAUCAUAAAUGGUGGUAAGAUGUGGACUACAUCCGGGUGCCAAGCGGACUGGAUGUGCCUGCUGGCAAACACCAGUGAAGGACCUCCCCAUCGAAAUAAAUCUCUCAUAUGUCUGCCAAUGAAUCUACCCG